UUCCGCUCGUUUUCCCUAAACCAACAAGAUCUUUCAAAACUCCUCCUCUUCGGUCUCGUCUUCAGACUCUCCCAUUAUCUUUGGGCUUUUCCCCUGGAAUUCCUCCUCCUCAUGUCGACCUCUGGUGAUGGUAGAGGUAGAGGUAGAGAUAGACACAUUGACAUUGAUUUGAACGUUAGUUUAAACAGCAGUUUCGGCAACUUAUCCCUCGCAGCUUCUGGUGUUCCUCCCCCUCCUCGUUUGGAGCCACAACAUCGUUUCUCGGUUCCCGUGGUCCCGUCCAGAGUCUGUGAACGGCUCGACCCUUUUGCCUCUAUACAUUCUCCUCCUGCUGCUGCUGAUCCCUCUGCUAUUAUCAAUUACUGCAUAGCUCCCAAUUUUCUAGAUAUUCAGCCUAAGGACUCCUUCACAAGUCGGAAUUCACCUUCACUUCUCGGUCUUCCGCAUACGAAUGAGCAUGGCAUCUUUGAAGCUAAUAAAGGCACAAGUAAAACUAGCUCGGUUUAUGACAUUACUCAAGCUGUAAAUGCCGCUUCACUUAAGCUGCCAGUAUCUCUCCUUGAAGCUAAGCAAUGCAGCAAAGCAAGAGGCUCAAAUCACGUGAAACCAGGAACGUUGGAACCAAAUGCAGAGGUUCUUGACAAUGUGGGCGUAGUAGGUAGCUGCCGAUAUGACAGCUCUCUAGGCUUGUUGACAAAGAAGUUCAUUAAAUUGAUACGGGAAGCUGAGGAUGGAUGCCUUGAUCUCAAUAGAGCUGCAGAUCUGUUGGAGGUACAGAAAAGGCGAAUAUAUGAUAUUACAAAUGUCCUUGAAGGAGUAGGAUUAAUUGAAAAGACUACAAAGAGUCACAUACGUUGGAAGGGAUAUGAGAUGUUUGGACCGGAAGAGUUGAAUAAUCAAGCAAGCAUUCUGAAGGCUGAAAUUGAACGUUUAUUUGCUGAAGAUUGCAGGCUUGACGAUUGCAUAAGGAAAAUGGAUGAGAAGAUGAAUGCCCUAGUGCAUGCUGGAACUUCUCAAAGGACCCUUUAUUUGACUGAGGAAGAUAUCAUGAGCCAGCCAUGUUUCAGGAAUAAAACUGUUAUCGCUGUAAAAGCUCCACAUGCUAGUACUCUUGAAGUUCCUGAUCCUGAUGAAGAUAUCGGAUUCUCAGAAAGGCAGUACAAACUUAUUGUUCGAAGCACUACUGGACCUAUUGAUUUGUAUCUCUUGAGCAAUCAUGGAGGACAUCAUGAGGAUGUGAAGGUCAAGCGCAGAAAAUUAUUGGAUUCAUCAGUUGUGAAUGGUUGCAGACAAGGGGCGGACGACGCGUAUUAUUCAGAUGCUUCUGGUUUGCAGAGCUCUGAUGUAUCUGGCAUUAAUAAAAUAAUCCCAUCGGAUGGGGCUGUUAAUGAUGACUAUUGGUUGCGAUCAGAUUACGCGGUCACUGCUACAGAUCUGUGGGGUACAGAAUGUUCUUAGCAGGCAAAUCGUUAUCCAUGUAUUGCAGAAGUUUAGGAUCAAAAUCAACGAGGCUCUCCAUUUCACCUGUACAUGCAUUUAUUUAUAUAGCAUUAAAAGUAUAGGUUUGUGUUUAGAUCAUUGAUUAUUAUAGUUUUCCUUGAAGGACUUGUACAAUCCACAUCCCUUCCUUCAAGUGCAAAAUUGACAUGUAGUAAAUGCUAAUGAAUUGUAGGUUCAUUAACUAUUUUCUUCAUC